GUUCCCAUUCUCAAGAGGUUGUACGGAAUCCCAGGUCUCGACGAUGCGAUUUCCCAAGUUGCAAUUACUUUCUGUCAGCUAGUCUUCUACGACGACCCCAGAAUGUGGUGGCAGAGUGCCGUUUUCCUCACCGAUUAUGCUGGUGUCACUGCCAUAUUGAUGCUCGAGUCUCUAAGAAACGCCAACAGGGGAACUUUCUUUCAGACCUUCGCCGUGCCCCUGUUUAUCGCCCAAUUUGUGACUUUUGGAAACACUGCACCACUAUACUUUUACUUUUUCUACGUCAAUUCUCCAUUGAAAAAGUAUUCCACCGCCAGCGCCCGACUGAUUGACGGAGCGGGUGUGCUUGCCAUUCUCCCAACGAUGCUUGUGGUCUUCUUCAUCCCUCAUCUCAUAUCUCUCUUUCACCCUGAUUUGGAGACCAGACACUUGGCGAACUGGAUAUGGCAGGUUUACCCGGUAUGGGGCUCAAUUCUCCUUUUUACACUAUCCAGUGUGAUAAGGCUCUUCCUUGAUGACAAAACCGAAGCUGUUAAACGCCGUGAUAUGACGGGCAUCCGUGUCGUCGGGGGACUCAUGAUAACGCUUAGUGCGAUGGCCUAUUGGUAUACGCUUCUCUUUUCCCCUUUGUCUGUUUCAGAAGCGUUUAUACCGAAAUAUUUUAUCGAGCUUCCCCAGGACACGUCAACGUCGCUUCUUUCCAUCUUCCAGUAUGACUACAUUCUCUCUUUUACGUCAAUCUUGCUUUGGCUGGCAUAUCACUUGGGAGAUUUGAAGAGUGCUGGAAUUUGUCAACUAUCUUGGGCUCGAAUCCUGCUUUCUUCUGUUGUCAUUGGCUGUCUUGGUGGUCCAGGAGUGUUAGUCUGGGCUGGAUGGCUUACGAGGGAAGAG